UCGUGAACUACACAUCUCUACCCUAUAUAUUUGUUCUGAGGUUUUCCCUAACCUAGAUUGCAGAAUUUAUUUGCUUUGCUUCCUAAAUGAUUUAAUUAUCACCCAUAAUUAUUAUUUACAUCGAUUUUGCGACCAUUUGAGUGCUCAUAGCAAUCAUAGUGGUUAGUGUUGACUCCGUUGUCUAUAAUAUUUGGUUCUACCCUAAUUUUGAGUUCAAAAACAAACAUUUUAGUGUUUGUCAAUAUCUAGCAAACUUUCCAGUGAUUUCUUUCUUGUAUAAUUUCUUAUUUAGCUGCUGCAGUAUCUGUUUACGAUAAUUAUGGCAACACUAAGUCAACAAAAUGCAAUCUGCAAAGUCUGUGAGAAGGAAUUUUCAAGCACAUCAACAAGAAACAGACAUCUUAAGAAGUUUCACCCAGAAUUUCUUGGUCAGGAACACAAGAAACAUAUUAUAUGUCCAAUGUGUACCAACAAUACCCAGACAUUCUCUUAUUUUACUAGUUUAAAUAAACAUUUACUUGAUAUUCAUGAUAUAAUGAUUAAACAAUCAUUUUUAAAUUUUAAGAAUCUUGAAGAAUAUACCUCUUGGAGGGUGCAAUGUAAUAGGGAAGGUGAUUAUGCUUGCCAGACCCGAAAUAAAUUUAAGAAUGGAGAAGAACAUAUAUUUUACAAUUGUAACAGGAGCAACAUCAGAGGAUUCAAUAGCUCAUGUAAAAUGAGAAGUUGUAAGUCUGGGGGAAGCAUACGCAUUCAAGGAACAUGCCCCUCAAGGAUUUUAGUUAAGAUUUUAAUGAAUGGAUCAAUUGAUGUGACAUUUUUUGAAACACAUGCAGGACAUGUAGACAAGUUAAGAACCAAAAGGUUAUCCAAGGCUGAAGAAAAUAUCAUUGUUGGGAAAUUGAAUCCAGGUUCCUCAACUAAAGAGGGAGAGGAUACUGUUUUGUUUGUUGAUGAACCUACAAUUAGCCAAACAAAUUAUCAGGAUGAUGUAAGCCAUUUUAUUCGGGAAACUUUAAAAAUGAAAGUCAAUAGUUCAAUAUUGAAAUUUGAAGAAAAGAGAGAAAUUGCAUUGCAAGGAAUGUGUAACCAGCUGUGUAGCUAUGGUAGCACUUUAGAUGAAAAUGCUUUUGCCACAUUUAUGACUCAAUUCAACAAUUUCAAAAAUAAAGCGAUGGAACAAGAAUACUCUCAUAGCUCUAAAAAGAAAAGAAAAACUGAACAAAAAAUGUACUAUCCAAAUAAAAAAUAAGUUCAAAUUUGUUUCAGCAUUUAAUGGUUAUAUUUGGAUUGUUAUGGCUAUAUUUUAUCUUUGUAGGGCGCUGAAAACCUAACUAAAUUAUUUCAAAACGGAGAUGGAAUGAUGAGGGACAGACCCUCUGUGAGUAUAUUUCUUUAUUGAAAUGUAUACAGAACAGUAAUUUUUUUUUCAUGGCACUACAAAAAAAAAUAUGUUGAAUGGAAGGCUGGGCUGUAUGUGACCAGUAGAGAUGGCAAAGCUAGCUAAAGAAGUGCUUGUCUACAGGCCAAGCAUGAUCGAUUCAGUUCUCUACCAUUUUAGUUUAAGUUGUUGAUAUAAUAUAAUACAUUUUGACCAAUCCUAAUACAGUAUAGAGUUCAUAGUAUAGUUUAUAUUAAAAAAGUUAUUAUAAAAUUUAAAACAUUUAAGCUAAUUGACAUUAAGAUAUUUAAUAAAUAUUACUGUCAUCACAAUGAUUUAAAUAAAUUUUCAAAUUGUCUUACUGAAAAGUACUCGGCAAGUAAGCUGCCUCAAAAUAUUUAUGGAAUAUUUACUUCUUAUGGCCACUAUGAUGAUGCAUCAGCCAUGGGUGACCUAAACAGUUAUAUCUAAUAGAUGAUGCGUAAACAGUUAUACAAAAUUUAAAAUAAACUCACAUAUUUUUUAGGAUUAUUUGUAAUAGAUAUUUAGAUUUAAAUUGUUUAAUUAAAGUUUAUAUGUUA